CUUCGCGGGGCGCGAGCCAAAGGCCCCUGACAUGUGCCUUCCUCGAUACACCUAUAUAACUACCUAGUAGAGCUCCCAAGUAUAAAAAUCCUGGCGAAAGGCGAGGAUAAUACGUCAAAGACCAGAGACUUUUGCUCAUUAGCAGACUCAGGGGCUGGCAAAACAAAGUCUCGUGGUCUUCCUCUCCAGCUUCGACAUAUCCUCUUCUUCUAUCUUUCCUUUUCACUUCAACAGAGACCAGAGUUAAGUCGGCUUAUGCCAGUUCGUUACAUAUAUCUCCGAUCAAUAUCUAUCCACUGCCACGAUUUUGAACUACACACCUACUCCAUACUCCUCCGCAUCUUGUGCAAUUUGAAAUAGAUUAACAGGUGGUUGAAGCAGGUACGACAACCUAGCCAUAUCGCACGUCAAAACACGUCCGUCCAGCGCCUCGCAGUGCUGACACAAGCUACCCACUUAGAGCGACACUCUUGACGAUGGGAAGCUGUCUAUCGAUCGUGGAUGACAUGCAGGCUGAAUCAAGUCAUGCUCAUAUAUCCCGGGACAUGCAGAAAUUCAACAGGUUUAUCGAGUUUGCCGCUCCUGCUGGAAAAUUGGUCCAUGUCACCGCCCUCCUGGAUACGCAAUGCCACAGAGGCAACUGGAUCUCCAAGCGUUUGGUCCAGCGACUCGGAAUGGCAUCCUUGAUCUGCCCUAGCUUUGAGUCACUCAACAUGGUUGACGCAAACGGACGGCCUGUCAGCGCCGGUGGGGUAAUCACCCUCACCUGGAGGUGGUUUCCCAAAGGAACUCGAAGCUACGAAUCCCAGUUCUACGUCUUGCCAAACUCGGAUCAUCUGGACGUCAUUUUCGGGGUAGAAUAUAUCGAGGCCGAGAAUCUACUUCACGUGAACGAGUCGGCUAUGCUCCCACUCGUGGAGGACAAUAGGUUGGACAGAGGCGAUAUGGCUGCUAUUGCUGCCGCUGAGGCGAGGCAAAGACAAGAGAAGGCGACGCUGGAGGAACGCAAGAAACAACAAGCCAAGGAAAAAGGAUUGGCAUCAGGGAAACCACGCUCAGGGGGAGCAGCAUCAGGAUGUUUGAGAUAGAGACACAGAGUAGGGCUUUCUCCAGAGCUAUCCACCGAAACUAGGACGACGGCACCGAGCCUGUACUGCCAACGAAGACGACUUGUACGGCAGCGAAUCUAAUACCGUUAAUUAGUUGACACUAGCUGAGUAUAAAUGAGAAAUGUGGGAGACCUACGCAGCAGCGGCGGAAAAGACCUCGACCAUUCUUCC